CUAACGCUCAAGGAUGAUAGAACGUAUAAGCUCGCGCAUAUAUUUUUUGAGCUUAGCGAUCGAAUAUUUUGGGUUCUGUCGUCUCUGGUCGUCGACCUCGGGGGCCUUCAGGGGUAGUUAGAAGCACCAAGAACAAAGAGCACCGCCUACAACGUUGGGAAAAGUAGUUUGCAAGAAAAUAUGCUCACAAAUAUGAUCUUGAGUUGGUCGACAGUUUUCGAGACAGUUGCAAAAAUGUUGACCAUCACAAGUUUGCCGUAAGUUUGAAAAAAACAAAGGACACAAAAAAGGAGCUACUCACAAAGCCUUUCGACUUUUUUUUCGAAUAGUUGUUGUAGUUUAUUUCGCACUUAACAAAAGAAGAACACUUGGCGUCGCCACUCUGUCGAGCUCGUUAGGGUGAAACAGUAGAACAGAGCGUGACAGCUUUCAACUUUUUUAGGUUAAAGAAUGAAACCAGUGCAAAUCUAUCUGAGUUUAAAGCUACCUAAACAGGUAGUCUUUUGCGCG